GGAAUGUUGCCAUUUCUCUGGUGCUUCGGCAUUAUUACUAGCAGUCUGCUGCAAAUACAUCCUGCAAAUGCAGUCAAGUUGAUUCCAAGCUUGGGGUACUAUGUGGAGAUGAAGCAAAUGGAUUGCGUGGGCAAUCCCGACUAUUUUGCCGACCUCUACUGCCGGAUUCUUCCCCCAAACAACAGAACCAUGGAGGCAUCUGUGAAUAUCAUGCAAAGACUGUCCGUCUUUAGUGGUUCUCUAAGGGUAUCGAUUCCCAAUACCAAAAAGGUCAUAACCCAGAUAUUCGACAUCACCUUCGAUGUGUGCAAAGUGCUGCGUGAACGCAAGCGGAAGGUGUUAAUCGACCUUUUGGUCAACACUUUGGCCAGGAACAGCAAUGCAAAAGCUUGGCGAUGUCCUUUUCCAAAGGGUAAAUUCGAAUCCAGAAACAUUUCAGUCACCGAUUUGCCGCCCAUGCUAACAGAAUCUGAAUUCUACGUAAACUUGGACUUCUUUAUACCCAAGGUAGCGAAUGCAAUGAAUGUCACUCUGCAUGGGCAUCUUUAUGAGAUUGCCAAGGAGAAGAACAGGAGAAAGAAAUAUUUGUAG